AUGUCUGUUCCGAGUAAAUCUAUCGAUAAAAAUAAACGAUAUGCUGGUGUUAAAGCAAACGAUUUUGUAAACAAAGCACGAACGAACGAAACGAGUCGAGCAGCUGCUCGUACUCAAGGAUGGGCUAAUCUCGGAAAAAUCAAUAGUCGACGCAUACCACCACCGGCUAAUUUACCAAGUUUAAAAAGUGAAACAGGUACAAAUGUACCAUUAUUUGAUCCAACAAUACCAACUGGCACUAGUCAUGGAUGGACAGCUAGUGGAAAUCAAACACCAACAAAUCUCGUUAAUAAUCAAACACGUCCAUUAACACCAUCAAAACAGCCAACACAACAACAACUUGAUUCAUUACCUGCACAUGUUUCUACACCACCACCACAAAUACCAUCAUCAUCAUCAUCUACACUUUCAACGGAUAUUGAUAAACCUCGUGGAUCAACAACAUGGAGUACAAUAACAGCUGGUAAUACAACAGGAAAUUCCAAUGAUCAACCACCAAAUUUACUUGGUUUAAAUGAUUUUCCACGUUUAGUUACACAAGAUAAUAAAAAUAUUAAAUCACAAUCGGAUUCAUUAAUUAAUUCAAUGUCAACAACACAAGGACCAAGUUUUCGACCAGCUAAUUUAGCAUCAUGGAAAGAAGGUGGUGGCCGUGCUCAACCAAUGUCAAAUGAUUUAAUUAAAGAAUCAAAUGAUAAUAAUAAUAAUUUAUCAACAUUAUCUAUGCAAUCACAAAUAUUACCAACGAAUGCAAAUACUAGUUUACUUCAAUCACAAAUACAAAAUCCUAAUAAUUCAUCAUACAUGCGAAUGUAUCAACAACAACAGCAACAACCACCACAACAAAUGUGGUCAUAUAAUUUGGGUAAUUCUUAUGGUCCAUAUGGAACAAAUCAAGUACCGGCACCAAUGUCCAUGCAUCAAUUACAUCAACAACAGCAACGUAUAUCACAAUAUGGUAAUAAUGCUCAAUCACAAUCUCAACAACGUCUUAAUACAUCAACUGAUUAUAAAACUCCAACAAUAUUACGAAAUAAAGAUAUUGAUGAUUUAUCAAAAUUAACCGAUAAUGUUACAUGGGCAAGUGCAUCUCAGGAAGUGAAUUAUGAAGAAAAAAUUCGUUUUAGUGAUGAUGAAGAUAAUGAUAUAACGGAUAAUAAUACCAAUAAACCUCGUCGAUUUAAUAAUUCACAACAACAACAACAAUCAAAACAAACAUAUCCUCAAGUAUUACAAAAUAAUAAUAAUAAUCGUACAUUAAAUACAAAUUAUUCUCAACAACAAACAAAACGUUCACGUUUAUUACAAGAUGAUGAGCAUGUUAAACAAAUGCAAGAUGAUAAAAAUUCUGAAUUAAUUAAUACAUUAACUGUUGCUAAACAACGACGUGAUGAACAAGAACGUAAUCUUCGUGAUACAUUAUCACAACGAUCAACAACUGUUCAAAAAUCAUUUGAUGAUCAAAAACAAAUACCUGGUUAUCAAACACGUCCAUUAAUAACAUCAACUGGUCAAGAUAAUUUAACAACAUCAUCAUCAUCAUCACCACAAAUUGAUUCAACAUCAUUAUGGGGACAACAAUCAAAUACUAGUACAACAUCAACAUCUCGGCCUCGUCAUGAUACAGCAGAUAGUCAAACAUUUGCAAUGAAAAGUUGGUCUGAUCAAAUGGAUUCUUUUAAUUAUGCAUCAUUACAUGAAAAAUCCGGUGGACAAGUCGAUACUGAUGAUCAUCAUGAUGAUACAACAGUUGUAAUUGCAAGUGGUUCAUCAACAUCACAUAAAUAUAGUAGAUCACAAAGUGAAUCAAGUACACAAUCUCAAACUGAUAAUGGAACAACAAUAAAUCGAUCAAAACAUUUUCUUUUAACAAAUCGUAAACAAUUAAAAUCAAAUAUAAAUCAAAUGAAAACAUCAUUAAAUAAUAAUCGUACAAAAAUAAAAACAACAAAUAGUAUUGAUUAUUUUGAUAAUAAUAAUAAUGAACAACAAAUUAAAUCUAAUGAUCAAUGGGGUAAUUGGGAAGAUACAAAUAAUCGUUAUCAACAAUCAUAUACAAAUGAUCGACGUCGUGGUUAUCAUCAACAAAAUCUAUCGGAUGAUUUAUCACAAAAAUCAAAUCGUCAUAAUGAACAAACGAAUGAUUUUAAUCGAACUAAACAAACAUCAAAAGCACGUUCAAACGUAUCUCGUUCAUCAGAUAUACCAACAUCAACUAAAUCUGAAACUAAAACAGUAACAAAUAAAACUCAACCAGCAUGGCGUCCAUUAUCUCCAGCACGACCAUUAGAUUCAAAUGAUCCAACACCACAAGAAUCUACAUCAUAUAAACCACAAACAAAUAUAAAUGAUCGUCGUCAAUCAGCACCACUUGAACGUAAGCAACGUUAUACACCAAUAAAUACAGCAUCAAUUCCACCCUUAAUGAGUGUAAGAUCUGAUGUACCACCAACAUCAACAACAACAACAACAUCAAAACAAUAUAAAACAUCAAAUCAAUUACAACGACAAGAUUAUAAUAGUUCAUCACAUUAUUCUCAACGUAAUGAUUUUUAUAAUGAAACAAAUGAUUCAACAUGGGGUAAUGAUGAUGAAUAUUAUGAUGAUGAAACAGGUUAUUAUGAUCCAAAUAUUCAAACUCAUCAACGUCAUCAACAUACAAUGGGUUAUCAUUCAAAUAUACAUCAUCGUGGUUAUAUUGCAUUAGGUUCAUAUGGACGUUAUCGUCGUGGUGGAACACUUCGUCAUCAACAACAAUAUAAUACAUAUAAUAUGAAUAAUACAUCAGGUUUAUCAUCACAACUUAAUACAAGUACAGGUUCAAAAACUAAAAAACCUCUAACAAAUCGUACAACAACAACAACAGUGACAAAUAAUAAAAAAUCAAAUGAAUCAUCUGAACAACAAACAAAAAAUAUAGUAGAACCAUCAAAAAUUGUAACUGAUGAAGUUAUAAAAAAACCAUCAGCAUGGACAACAGAACAAAACUCAACACCUAUAGAAGAAAUAUCAAAAACGAACCAACCUAUUGAAACAUCUUCAAAUUCAAUUGAAGUUGAAAAACCAAAAGAAUCAAUAAUAAAUAUAACAUCUGAACAAAAAAAUGAAAAUGAAUCAAAUAAUCUUGUUGGACAAACAGAUACUGAAUCAACAAUAACAAAUAAAAAACCGACAACAACAACAACAACGACAACUAAUUUACAACGAAAAACAAAUAAAGAUCAACAAAAUUAUCAUCAAGAUCAACGUUAUCAAAAUCAACAAGUAUCUCAUCAUAGAAAUACUUACGGACGUUCAAUGCAAGAUUAUGACGCCGUGCAAAUGAACGCUCAUAAUUAUUAUGGCACUAAUCGUCGUACAACACGAGGUGGUCGUAAUACACGUAUGCAUGAUUUAUCCGGUGGUUAUUAUUAUGAACAUCCUCAACAACGUUAUAAUAGUCGAUAUAAUUAUUUAAAUGAACAUUAUCAACAACAUCCAACACAUUCAACAAAUAAAACUACAAAACGUACAGGUUCAUCAACAACAACAGUUGAUCGUCAACAACAUAAACAACAAACAACAAAAGGAAAUAAUAAUAAUAAUAAUAAUAAUACAAAUCUUCGUCCACAAUCAGCAAGUGAUAAUGAACAAAAAGAAGGUGAAGAAUGGGAAACAGCAUCAGAAUCAAGUGCUAAUAUGCGUUCGACUCAUACUGAUACUAAUCAACAACAAUCAAUUAAAUCAACAACAAAUGAAACAAAAUCAACAGAUCGUGAUCGAACACCACCAAAGAAAAGUUUUUCCAGUCAAAGACCAUUGAAUUCUCGUUAUAAUGAAAGUAGUAUUUAUCGACGUCCAUAUAAUAUACAUGAACGUGGUAGUAAAACAAGUCGUACUAUUGUUCAUCGUACAAAUCGUUUAUCAACAAAUCUAAAACAAAAUACACAACAAAAAACUGAUGGAGAAAUUGCAACUACAAAACAAACAUCAACAAUUAAAAAAGAUCAACAUCGUCAUUCUCUUGAAGGCUAUGAUUUAAAUAAUGUUGCUGGUGUUGUUAAAAUUGAAACAUUACCAGCAAGUGCAUUAGAAGAAGAAAGUUCAACAUUUGAUGAUGGUGGUGAAGAAUUUUGUGUUGUUAUGUCAAAACGUGGUCGUAAAGAACAAAAAGCAGCUCAAUUAUCUAAACAAAAUGCUAUUGAAUCAACAAAUAAUACUACUACUAAUAUAAUAAAUGAUCAAACAAUAAAAUCAACAUCAACUACAAAUGAUGAACAACAAACAAAUGAAAAAAUUUCAAAUGAAACUAAUCAAACAAAUACAACACGUACUCGUAAUGGUAAAUCUAUUCCACCACGUUUUAAUAGUAAAACAUCAAAUUCAACAAUACGUCAACAUAAUAUUAAAAAUGAUCAUCAAAAUUCUUCAAUGUAUUAUUAUGAUCAAAAUUAUUAUUAUCAUGAUCAAAAUCAAUAUUAUGAUCAAAAUCAAUAUUAUGAUCAUGAUAAUUCAUAUUAUAAUUAUGGUAAUUAUAAUCAAUCACAUCGACAACAAACAUCAACACGUCGUAAACAACGUAUACAACAAAAUAAUCAUGAUAUACAUACAACAGAUGAACAACAUUUAAAUGAAAGACAAAAAAAUGAAUCAAAUAUAUCAGAAAAAAAUCAUUCAACAUCAUCAUCAUCAAAUGUUAUGUCAAAUAUUCAAAUGUGGGAUCCACAUACAGAUAAUACAAUUUCAAAUUCAAGUAAAUUAAUUGAAAAACCUACUCAUGAUCGAAAAUUCGGAAAUGAAUUAGUUCCAUCUUCAUCGUCCAAUGAUCCAUCAUUACCACUUCAUCAACGUACAGCAACUGAUCUUACUACUCAUUCAACAGUAUCGAAAGCUAAUGAAACUAUAGCACGAACAAUUAAACCACCUAUAACAGAUAAUAAAUCUACUAGAGAUAAUAAAACAAAAUCUACUACUUAUGAAAAGACUGAUGCAAUAUCAUCAUUAGGUUCAAAUCAAUUAUUUGAAAAAAGUACAUUUUUGGAUUAUGAUGAUAAACAAUCUAUUGGUACAGUUGGUGAUGAUUAUAAUCAAAAAAUAAAUUCUCUUAAAACUAUCUGGGAUGCAUCCGAACAUCCAAGUGUACAACUUGAACAAACAAUAAAUACAAUGGUUGCAAUGAAACAAAAACAAAAACAAUCAGAUAAUAAUAUUUCAAAUACAAAUUCGACGAAAACUGAUAAUUAUGUACAAGAAUCAAAAUCAACAUCAUCAACAAAUAUAACAGCUCCAAAUACAAAUGUUUCAUCAACAGCAAAUGAUGAUACAAAUAAUAAAAUUACAACAUCAACAGGUAAUUUACAAUCAACAGGAUCAUCAUCAACAAUUAAUCAACCACCAUCAACAUAUUCGACUAGUACUGUUACAAGUAAAAAUGAACAAAAAAAUAUUUGUACUGUAAAACCAACUCAACAAGUUGCACCUAAUAUUCAAGAUCAAGUUGAUGUAACAAGUUAUCAAACAUUUGCAGCUCCUCCAUUAGUACCACCAAUAUCUCAAACAUCAUUACAACAACAACAACAACAUAUACUUCCACAAUCUCAAGUUAAUCCAUUACAUCAACAACAUUCAUAUCAAUUCUAUGAAAAUCUUUUACCAGCUCCACCACCACCACCAAUUCCACAACAACAACCACCACCACAACAGCAACAACAAUUUAAUCGAAUUUAUUCAUCAACUACAAAUACUACCAGUACGGAUCCGAUAAAUUCAGAUUUUUCGAGUGUUCAAUCUUCACAAAUCUAUCCACCACAAAAUUUUCCAUAUCGAAAUACAAAUGUCUUCUUACCACCACCAAAUGUACCAAAUACAAAUUCAAUGUAUCAUCAUACAUCACAAGGUUCAAUUUCUGCUCCACCACAAAAUAACGCAAUGCCACCACCACCAAUGACUAGUUAUCCAUCACCAUUUUUAGUUGAUCAUGGUGGUCAUAUGAUUAGUCAACCACAACCUCCACCACAAGCAUAUAUGAAUAAUCAAAUGAUGUCUGGUCGACCACAAGGUACACCAUACUAUCGAACACCACCACAACAACAAUUACAAACACCUCCAGCACCACCUUAUGGUACUCAAGAUCCAUUAGCACAUGGAGGAUUUUAUCCACAAUUUUAUCAACCACCACCAAAUUCAAAUGCUCCACCUGUUGGACAUCCAUCACCGCAUAAUUUAUAUGGACAAAAUGAAGGUUUUCAUCCAGCUCAUCCGCAAAUGUUUGCUCGUGCUGGUUCAAUAGAUCGUAAUGAUCAUCCAUUAAUGUCUCAACCUCCACAAUCAUUAUCACGUCCAACAAAUUAUCCUUCAACAUCAUCAAAUCAACAACAACAAGGUCCACCACCAUCAUUAUUAUCACAAAAUUUAAAAUCAUUUCAUACAAAUCAACAACAAACAUCAUCAUCAAAUCAAGCACCAUUCUAUCCACCACCACCAAAUCAAUAUACUCGUCAACCAAUGCCAAUUGGUGCUAUGAAUACAACAAAUAAUCGUCAACAAACACAACAAGUACCUAGUUUAAUGAGUGGUUUAAGUAAAAAUUUUUCAAGUAAUACAAAUAAUCUUAAUAAUACACAAUCAUUAUUUCAACAUCGACAACCAUUAAUACCUUCACAAUCGAAUAAUAAUCGUCCGUUAUAUCAACAUCAUACAACACCAUAUUCAAAUUAUUCAAAAUCAACUGGUCCGAAUGAUGAUAAUAUUAAACCAAAACAUAUAUAA